AUGGAUCCAGAUAAUCAGACGUGGAUUAGUGAAUUUAUUCUCCUUGGCCUGUCCAGUGACUGGGACACUCAGGUCUCUCUCUUUGUCCUGUUCUUGGUCAUGUACCUAGUGACCGUGCUGGGGAACUUCCUCAUUAUUCUUCUGAUCAGACUAGAUAGCCAACUCCACAGUCCCAUGUAUUUUUUUCUCACCAACCUCUCUCUUGUUGAUGUCUCCUACGCCACAAGCAUAGUACCUCAGCUACUGGUACAUUUUCUUACAGAACAUAAAGUCAUCCCAUUCCUGAGCUGUGCAGCCCAGCUAUUUUUCUCCCUGGGUUUGGGGGGAGUUGAAUUUGUUUUGCUAGCAAUGAUGGCCUAUGACCGUUAUGUGGCUGUGUGUGACCCCCUGAGAUACUCUGCCAUUAUGCAUGGAGGACUGUGUGCUAGGUUAGCCAUCACAUCCUGGGUCAGUGGCUCCAUCAACUCCCUCAUGCAGACUGCUAUCACUUUUCAGCUGCCCAUGUGCACUAACAAAUAUAUUGAUCAUAUAUCCUGUGAAAUCCUAGCCGUGAUCAGGCUGGCUUGUGUGGACACUUCUUCCAAUGAGGUCGCCAUCAUGGUCUCCAGCAUUGUCCUUCUGAUGACACCCUUCUGCCUGGUUCUUUUGUCCUACAUCCAGAUCAUCUCCACCAUCCUAAAGAUCCAGUCCAGCGAGGGAAGGAGGAAAGCCUUCCAGACCUGUGCCUCUCACCUCACGGUGGUUGCCCUGUGCUAUGGCGUGACAAUUUUUACUUAUAUCCAGCCCCACUCAGGUCCUUCUAUCCUUCAGGAGAAGUUGAUCUCUGUGUUCUAUGCCAUUAUUAUGCCCAUGCUGAACCCUGUGAUUUACAGUCUAAGAAAUAAGGAGGUGAAGGGAGCCUGGAAGAAACUAUUAGGGAAAUUCUCCUGGUUAACAUUAAAACUGGCAUCUUGA